AUGGCGUCCACGUCAGCUUUCAAGUUCCUGAGUCAGCUCCCUGCGCCUAAAAACAAGAGCGUUUACGACGCUUCCUCAGACGCCUGGUUCGCGAAUCGCGACAGAGAUCCAGAUGCCGCAGUUGGCGGAGCAGCAGCAGGGGGUAAGAUUGUCCCUAAACGCCAGAUACCUCCUUACGGCAAGAGGCAAGGUUUCGUCCCGCGGCGCGUCGAGGACUUCGGCGAUGGCGGCGCGUUCCCCGAGAUCCACGUGGCGCAGUAUCCGUUGGAUAUGGGUCGGAAACAGGAGAAGGUCACCAACAAGGUGCUUCCUGUGACUGUAGACGGGGAAGGAAAUAUCGCGUACGACGCUAUAGUGAAGCUCGGGGAAAAUUCGCAGAAGGUGGUGUACAGCCAGCACAAGGACCUUAUCCCGAAGAUUCAGGACGAGGAUUUGGAGGCGCUUCGGGAAGAAGAGGACGAGGAUGAGGCGAAGGAAACGGCGGAGCGCACUAAGGCAGCCAUAGAUAAGAUUGUCACGGCUCGGCUCAGCGCGGCUCAGCCUAAGAACGUCCCUGGCAUUUCCAAGACCCCACAGUAUAUCAAAUACACUCCCGGUAUGCAGAAUUCGGCUCACAAUUCCGGCGCGAAGGAGCGCGUUAUUCGUAUGGUCGAGAUGCCGGUCGAUCCGCUUGAGCCUCCUAAAUUCAAGCACAAGCGCGUCCCGAAAGCGUCCGGCUCGCCGCCGGUCCCGGUGAUGCACUCGCCGCCUCGACCGGUUACGGUGAAGGACCAGCAGGACUGGAAAAUCCCGCCUUGCAUUUCCAACUGGAAGAAUCCUAAGGGGUAUACCAUUCCGUUGGAUAAGCGUCUCGCGGCCGACGGACGCGGGCUGCAGGAGGUGCAGAUUAACGACAACUUCGCCCGCUUGUCCGAGUCGCUAUACGUGGCGGAGAAUAAGGCGCGCGAGGAGGUGGAGAUGCGGUCUAAGAUCCAGCGGGAGAGGAUGCUUCUAGAGAAGGAGAAGAAGGAGCAGGAGCUCCGCCUGCUGGCGCAAAAGGCGCGCAUGGAGCGCGCAGGCGGAGGCACCGGCGGAGGCGGAGGCGGAGGGGCUGGCGCAGGCGCGCUGGCUUCCCGGGAGGCUGCCGCGGGCGGAGCGGAAGCCGGGUACGGUCGGGCGGAAGGGGACGAGCCCCGGCGCGGGGAGACGCGGGAGGAGCGCGAGGAGCGGAUGCGGAGGGAGGAGCUGCGGGAGGAGCGGCGCAGGGAGCGGGAGCGGGAGCGGCGGCUGGAGGCGAAGGAAGGCGCGGGCGGAAAGAAGAGCAAGCUCACGCGCGACCGCGACCGCGAUAUCAGCGAGAAAAUGGCGCUUGGGCUCGCGAACGUGGGCGGCGCCGGCGGCGGCGGGGAGAUCAUGUACGACCAGCGGCUUUUCAACCAGGAGCAGGGUAUGGAGUCCGGUUUUGCCGCGGACGACACGUAUAAUAUCUACGACAAGGGUCUGUUCAACCGCGAGGGCGCAAGCGGACUGUAUAAGGUGCGCAAGGGGGUUGACGAGGAGGUGUACGCGGGGAGGGGCGGCGGGGAGGAGGGCGGAGCGGACGCGCUGCUGCGCACGGAGCGGUUCAAGCCGGAUAAGGGCUUCGCGGGCGCGGCGGAGCGGGGCGCGGGCGGCGGCGGCGGGGCGCCGCGCGACGGGCCUGUGGAGUUCGAGCGCGACGCGGCGGUUGAGGCGGAUCCGUUCGGGCUGGAUCAGUUCUUAACGCAGGUGAAGACGGGGAAAAAGGCGCUGGAUAAGGUGGGCGCGGGCGGAACGAUGCGCGCGAGCGGAGGCGGGGGGAGCUACGAGGCGUACGAGGGGGGAAGCUCGCGGAACCGCGUGGAUUUUGAGCGGGGGAGGUGA